AGAUAGAUUCUGUAUUCUUGCGUUCAUAUUAAGCUGGCGUCUUUUGUUAUUUUUCUUAAUCCUAAGAGAUACGGAAACUGCAAUCACUAGUUUACAACACCCUCUUUCUGGUGAAACUAAAUUGUUUUGAUUGGAUGGGAGAAGCUUGGGAAGCCGGACGUCCUCCUAAGCUUCUUUUUGAUUGGCAAACAUCUCUGUUAAAUUCUUUUGGUACUGUACCGAAUCUGGGCCAAUCUAAUCCCACUGCUUCAAGUAUUGGCAACAAUAUGGUCAUAACGAAUGGAUCUUACCCAGGAAACUCUGCAUUGAAGGUUCCUCAGUCCCAGCCAGGCCUAAUGAAUGAACCGUGUAAUUGGUUUGAUUACUUUGGACCUUCACCUCGAGCAACUUUACCUGUUAAGAGUCCUAUUUACCAUGAUAAACUAGCGGCUCUAAGUAAAGGACUUUCGAAGGAGGCUCUGGCACCUCUUUCUAGCUCUGGAGCUCAGCCGAAGGAAUUUCUUGUCAUUGAUCAAUCUGCAGAUAAAACAACUUUGGUUUUAUGUUCUGGAGUUGGUGGUCCUGUCCAGUUACUUACUUCAUUGACUCCACAGCCUACUGCUCCUUGUAAAUUCAAUGGAGAAGAUACAGGGAAGAAACGUGAUUUCAUUUAUGACUCGAAACUAGUUUUGUCAAAUGAUUUUUCUGGGAACCAUGUGAGUGAGAUGCAAGAAGACACAGAAGAACUCAAUGCUCUCCUCUACUCAGAGGAUGAAAGUGAAUUUGAUGAUGAUGAUGAUGAUGAUGAUGAUGAAGUUACAAGCACUGGUCAUUCACCGAGCACAAUGACAACUAAAGAUCAACAGUAUGACUGUGAGGAAAAGAACGAAGAAGUUGCUAGCUCUGCAGGUUCAACUAAGAAACGUAAAAUUGAUAGAGUUUAUGAUGUAAUGUCACUAAUGGACACUGCAAGUUCACUAAUGCCUCGAAGAUCCCCCGAAUACGAGGACGACGCUGAAUCUAGCUGUGGAAACGAAGGAAGCCGGGAUAUGGAGGAUGUGGAUUCCUCAUGUAUCAACAAAAAGAUGAGAAAAGAGAAAAUACGCGAAACCGUCGGCAUCCUCGAGGGUUUAAUUCCUAAUGGGAAAGGCAAAGAGGCCGUUGUUGUUCUAGACAAGGCAAUUCAGUACUUAAAAGCAUUGAGAUUGAAGGCAGAGGCUGCAUUUGGGGUCAAUGCAUGCUGCUGAGAAUAUGUAUGUGAAUAGGAUGGGUUCAAUUGUAGUAUGUCUAUGUUUUUUACAUGUUAUUCUGAUAGGAAAACAAUGGUGGACCGACCACCACGUUGAAUAAGUUAGGGAACUUCAUGCAUUGGUUAGAAAUGAGCAGAAGAUUGGGUUUAAAAGGUGGAGAAGAAAGAAGAAACAACUACAACUCCCCCACCUGAAACAAGUGGAAAUGGUGGGGUUGAAAAGAGGGGUCCCUAAUAAAGAAACGCACGCCCUUGUUUACUGGUGGGCCCCCCCCGCCCCUCUCCGCCCUGCCUUUUUCUAAUGCCCACUUCCAGUGGAGUUUGUUGAAUUUGCAGGAGGUCAUGAAGCAGUCAAAGGCUUUCCACCUUCCACCUUCCGCCUGGCAGCUUUAUUAGAACUAUUGGGAUUUUGUUUCUUCCUUUGUGGAGGAAGGAGGAAGGAGGAAGGAGGAAGAAAGAAGAAAGGUUAGCCAAAAUUAGUUGCGCGUUUGUUUGGGUUUGGGUUUGGUAGUGUAGCAGCGGGUAGCGUAGUAGUGGAUUUGGUUGCGAGUUAUAAUUGUAGGGUUGGUGUGUGUAUGUAUGUAGAAGCGUCGCAUGCAAGCAUUUAUGAUAAUGAGAGCGAUGUCUUUUGUACUUUA